UGACGUCACACCAGGGCGAGUCCAGAAGGCAGCGCAGAUGAAAGAAUCGCGGAGACCGCUGUGUAUCAAAACACUGAUCUGCAUACUAGCUUCAAAUCAUGGAGUAUAUCAUUGACUGAAACAGCUUGGAUAACUGGAAGAUCUUUAAGAUAAAGUGGGAGUGUAAGAGUUCCUUACAUUGUUCACUGAAGUAACCAGGAUGGCAGGAAGAGAGCGCAGUCCGCGCCACAGGCCAUGGUCUGUGUACCGAGCCAACACAUUUGAUCUGUCCUCUGAGAUGAUGGGGCUGGCGCUAACAGGAAACAGUCAGGAUCCUGAUGAGCCGGUGCUGGAGUUCAGUCUGGCAUGCAGUGAGCUGGUCACUCCAUCGCUGGACCGUAAGCCCAGUAGCUUUGUAGCAGUGAGCUGCACCACCCCUCCUCAGGCGUUUUGGACCAAACACGCACAGACUGAAAUUAUAGAGGGCACUAGUAAUCCAAUCUUCUUGAGCAGCAUUGCCUUCUUCCAGGAGUCUCUGAUUACCCAGCAGACUCAAGUCAAACUGUCUGUCUACGAUGUGAAGGACCGCUCACAGGGGACUAUGUACCUGCUGGGUUCGGCUAUGUUUACAGUGAAAGAGCUGCUUCAAGACAAACACCACAGGCUACACCUCACUCUGCAAUCAGCAGAGAGCGAGCGGAUGGGUAACAUUACCAUCAUCGCUUGGCAGAUAGAGGAGAGUAGAGACCAGCGAGCUCCUCUGGCACGCUCAGACACAGUUAAUGGCAGGAUGGUAUUACCUGUGGAUGAAAGUCUGACCGAAUCCAUGGGAGUAAAAGCUAAAUCAGCUUCCCUAUGUAAAGACCCUCUUUUAAAGGCAGUGUUUGGAGGCACUAUUUCACGGAUGUACCGGUUUCCCACGACUGACGGAAACCACCUGCGUGUCCUGGAGCAGAUGGCAGAGAGCGUGCUCUCCCUGCACAUACCGAGACAGUUCGUCAAACUACUGCUGGAGGAGGACGCUGCCAGGGUGUGUGAGCUGGAGGAGUUGGGCGAGUUGUCCCCCUGCUGGGAGAAUCUGAGGAGACAGAUCAUCGCUCAGUAUCAGACCAUCAUCCUCACCUAUCAGGAGACUCUCAGUAACUUACACCAAUACAAGGGUCCUUCCUUUAAAUCGAGCACCCUGAAAGGAGAGAAGAAGCUAGAGUUUCUGCCUACAAACCUCCACGUUCAGAGGAUGAGGGUGCAGGGCGAGUCCGGCUACGAUCGCACAUAUGAUGUGGUGACCACAGGCGCCCCGGCUGCACAUCAUCAGGGCUUUAAGGCCAGCGGAUUGAGGAAACUCAUUCAGAAAUUUGAAGAAGCCAAAAAGCAUUCGUAUGAAGGUGAAGGUGCCGGGGAAUCUGCUCCUCUUUCUAUGCGCUACCAGCCACAGGAUGUGUUGAAAGCUAAAGAAAUCAUUUCCCAUAUCAACACGCUGAAGACGCAGGUCAGCUACUACACUGAGCGGCUGUCCCGUGCCGCCAAAGAACACUCAACCAAUGCAUUGGAAAGGACCCUCGCUAUCCUCACAGACAAGACGCGGCAGCUGGUGACCGUGUGUGACAGUAAGCUGCUAACUACAGCUAUCCAGGCACUGAGUGCUGCGCGUCCAGAGUUCAUCACCUCCAGAGGCUCUCCGUCCACCCACGACACCGAGCGCGUGGUCCCGAGGAACGACCAGGGCUCUCCACAGGCCAAGAGGAGCGGGACAGGGAACAGAGCAUCCAUGAACCUAAACUGGCAGGAGGAGGAGUGGGAAAAGAUCUGGCUUAAUGUGGAUAAGAGUCUGGAGUGUGUGAUCCGCUGUGUGGAGAGACUGCUGACGAGAGAGCGCUCGCAGAGCGACAGCAGUGAAGACGUCUUCAUGUCUGACCAGCAGGCCGACACCAGCAAGAGAGGUAGCCAGGGCAAUGCAUUCUGGAUCAACCCUGGUGACGGUUCCUCCACCCCCCUGACCUCAUCACAGCCCCUUUCAUCCUUACUGAACCCUGCAUGUCCAUCCAGUCCUAACACUCGCUCCUAUGGCAGUCCCAGUGUUGAAGGCUCCUCUCCUGGUGAAUGGAGUGAAGCUCUGUAUCCCCUCCUGACCACUCUGAAUGAGUGUGUAGCAAUGAUGAGCGACAAAGCCAAGAAGUCCAUGGUGUUUCUCCUGAUGCAGGACAGCGCUCCCACUAUCGGCAUGAGUCUGUCACUACAGUACCGCAGAGAUGUGGUUUUCUGUCAGACACUGACGGCCCUGAUCUGUGGGUUUGUGGUAAAGCUGAGGAACUGUCUCAGUGACAGCGGCUUCCUCAGACAACUCCACACUAUCGGCUUACUGGUCCAGUUUGAGGGGCUCCUGAGCACCUACGGGGAGGAACUCGCCAUGCUGGAGGACAUGAGUGUAGGAGUCAUGGACCUCCGGAAUGUCACCUUUAAAGUGACCCAGGCGACCUCCAGCUUCAGCCCCGACAUGCUGCCUGUCAUCACGGGCAACAGAGAUGGGUUUAACGUGCGUGUCCCUUUACCGGGGGUGAUGUUUGAUGUGUUGCCACGGGAGAUCCAGAAUGGGAUGCUGCUGCGAGUUCAACCCGUAUUUUUCAACGUAGGAAUCAAUGAGCAACAAACGCUAGCGGAAAAGUUUGGAGACACAUCGCUGCAGGAAGUGGUGAAUUUGGAGAGUCUAGCUCGUCUUACCUCCUAUUAUGACCAGUUUAAAGAGGUGCUGCCUGAAGACUGUCUGCCCCGCUCUCGCAGUCAGAGCUGUGUGCCUGAGCUACUCAAGUCCCUCAGUCAAAACGUUAACGCCAGGAAGAGCAAGAAUGUGGACAUCCUGUUUCAGACAGCAGAGGUUUGUCGGCGUCUGAAUGGCGUGCGUGUGACCAGCUGCAAGAGUGCGAAGGAUCGUACGGCCAUGUCUGUGACCCUGGAGCAAUGUCAGAUCCUCCAGCACGAGCACUGCAUGGCCCCGCAGGUCUUCACGCAGGCGCUGGACUGUAUGCGCAGCGAGGGCUGCAGGCGAGAAAACACCAUGAAAAACGUAGGCAGCCGCAAAUACGCUUUCAACUCCCUCCAGCUGAAGACCUUCCCUAAACAGUACAGACCUCCGGAGGGCACCUUCGGGAAAGUGGAAACUUGAGCUGUUCGUUCUCUUUACUUCACCACCACACAUCUGAGGGAAACUUUUAUUAUGCAUAGUCAUGCUGAAACAAGCUCUGGAUAUGAUCCAGACGACAAGGCUAAUAUUUUUAGAUCCCCAACCUCUUGGCUCUGAGAAGAAAGGAGAUAGGGAAAGAAAAUCACUUGAAGAUAAAUGAGUAGCUUGCUUGGCUGUUGCACUGAAAGAAGAAACGAAGGCCUGUUUGACUCUUAAUACUUAAAAAGACAAACAAGUUUUUUUUUUUUUCUGAGAAUUGCCCAAACAAUCCCAAAGCAUUUCAUUAAUUCCAUAUAUGUUUAGUCAAUAAGUCAAUUUUAAGAUACUUUCCAGAACCACACUUGGUCUUUGUACCAACAUCCAAAGUUCAAAACUAUAAGCACUUAAGCAAAGCUGUUUCGUCAUCUUUAGAUUGUAUUUAAAGUUCAGUAGGUUAUAGGUAACAUGUCUGUUCUGUGAUUUAGUAGAUGAUUUGUUCCCAAAGUCAUCCAGUUUUAAGAUUUAUAAGAAAAAGUCAAGCUGUAAAGUCCUACUGAGGAUCCAUAGAUGCACUUCGUUCUUCAUCCUCACUUCAUUUAAAGUGUACACAAAACUAGCUGCCUUAAGAGAGUCCACCACUGCAAACAUCUGUGUUGAGAUAAAUAUGUAGAUAUUUCUAAUCUGUGUAUGACUUUGUGAUGUGGCAGAGUAUGUUUUAUUUAUUUACAGUGAGACUAUCUUUUUGCUGAAGUGUUAGUGCUUGAAUGCAGGCCUUUCCCCUGCUGACUGUGCAUUGAGACAAGCUUCCUCGUACUGUUGCCUAACACAGCUAGUCUCUGUACAGUGAGCAUACUGUGGGAAUAUACAUUCUCUAAGGAAAUAUGUGAGAAGACACUAUUGAUAUGUAUGAUUUUUUUGUAUAUGUUUUCAUAGUUAAAAGUUUCUCUGUGGGACAUUUAUGUCGGUUGAUAUGAAUGUCAGUGUUGAUCUAAUAUGGAGCAUUGCUGCUCUGGUCCUAAAAUAUGAAGAAUAUUUCCUGGAGGGUUUUUUUUUUUUUUUUAUCUUAAAGCAGAGAGAAGCAUUUAGACUAUUUAUUUUAUUGUAAUAGUUAUAUGAAAACCAUAAUAGGCGUUAAAGAUCAAAAGUAACUCUACAUUUAAUGACUGUCAGCCUUUGUCUCUGCACAAAUAAAUGCACAAAUCGUCUGUAAUUCCUGGUUUGUAUAUUGCAAGAUAACAACUGAAAGCUUAUAUUUGCAACUAGGAAGACAAGGGCAUGGGUCUUAACCUCUGCUGAAAUUAUUAUUAGUUAAAAUAAUUAAAACAAACAAACAAAUAAACAGAUGCAGUGCAUGGAAGGUAGGCUACAAUUGUUAAGUUUACACUUAUAUAUAUAUAUUAAUAAAUGCACAUGUAAUUAUAUUA